GAAAACUUGAAUUAGGCAAAUAGUAGUCCUACAUUGCCAUCGAGACGGAGACUUGCAAAUGUUGAACCAACUGUGACGACGAAGAUUUCAACUCGAGUUUGAUUAGAUUCCAUAGACUUCCGGAAGGCGUCGUCGACUGUCCAAAGCGAUGAGCUACCAGUGCAUACUGGUGCUCACGCUGUCGCUUUUAGCGGCGAGCGUGAGUUUAGCGAAUCCUGCCGCCACCGAUAAGGCCGCUGCCAGUAGCAGCGCCCUACCAAAGGCCCAGGAUCCGCUGUUCAACAAGAUGCUGGCGGAAAAGCCGAGCAUUCCGAUGGCCCAGGAUCCACGUUUCAACAAGAUGUACCCCGAAGUUGACUCCAAGGAGAAUGACAUCGAAGAUGAAGCCAAGGAUGCCCUUCUACCAAAAAAGCCGGCUGUCGACCUGAAUCCAAAGUAUGCCCAACAUGCGGCCAUACUAAAGAAACUGGAUAAGGUUGAACAGCAGAAGCAGCCGAAGGCGGAAUCCACGACAGUUGGAAUUGUGCCUAUUGAAAACGCCGAGGAGAAGGACAGUUUCGACGAUGAAGAUAGCUAUGAAGAUGAAGAACUGCUCACCGACGAUGUGGACGAAGAAAUUGUUCUACCUCAGAUUGAAGAUCUCUCAGAUCUUCCCCCAGCUCGUCCUUAUGAGGUUGAAACCGAGGUAGAUGAUAUUGAAACAACUGAAGUUAAAAAGGUGACCAUUCCCCAAAAACCUGCUGAGAGUUCUACUUCUACUACAAAGACCCCGGUUGCAACCAGUUCAGCUGCUCCCGAUGAUGAGUAUUACAAUGACGAUGAUGAAGAUAGCAGUGAAGAGCUAGAAAAUGAAAAGAUCGAUCCUCUUGCAAUUAAAAAACUUCUAGCUCAGCAUGCUAAGUCCACCGAAGCUGCUCCCAAAGCAUCUUCCACCAGUGCUACCCCAACCACCAGUAAACCCAAGUCGUCUCCUUCGCCGAAGUCUUCCACGGCCAAGCCUGCUGCAGGUGAUAACGAAAUCCUGGAUGAAAUCGAUGAGGACGACGAGGAUUACAUGUACAAGGACGAGUACGACGACGAAGAUACCGCCGAUGAUAAGAUCGACAUCGACGCUGUUAACAAGCUUCUUAGCCAGAAGAAGCAGAAGCAAAAGGAAGCAGCCUCUGCCAAUGGCAAGAAAACUGACAGCAAGAAUGCUAACCAAAACUAUGCAGAAUACUACGACGAAGAAGAUGAGGAUGAUGACGAUGAUUACAACCUAGAAGAGCAGGUGCACUUGUGCCCAAGAGAUUGCAUUUGCGAGCGCAACAUGCAUGCCUACCUGGUCGCAACCUGCAGCCGUUUGGAUCUAGACACGCAAAAGUUCUCGACAUCGAUCACGGACCUGCAGGUUCUGGAUGUUGGUCCGAAAUACCCGAUCGUAUUGAGUUCGGAGUUCUUCAAGCAAAUCGGCCUUUCUCACGUAGUCUCGAUCAAGAUCAGCAACUGCACGAUCGAAUACAUUAGCCCAUCCGCGUUCGCAGGCCUUGACGAUCUGUACUCGGUCAAUCUAACCAACUCCGGUAUCGACAUGCUCCACCCAGAUACCUUUGCGAACAACACCAAGCUGCGUCUGCUGACCCUUUCCGGUAACGACCUUAGCGCAAUGCAAAGUGUGAACUAUAACACUCCCUACACGGAGUACAUGCUGAAGGCACCUUCUAUCGAAGAGCUCGAUAUCUCCAAGUGUAACCUUCAGGAUCUCCAGCCAACGGCCUUUAAUGAACUGAAGAACAUUAUCUACAUCAAUUUGGCAGAAAACAAGUUGCGCACUCUCCCAGAAGGCAUUUUCGACAAGGUAGAAACUAUCGAAGAACUUGACCUAUCUAUGAACAGCAUCUCUGAGUUGCCCAAAAACAUCUUCAAUAAGACAUCGCUGGCAAUCCUUCAUCUGAAGUACAACCUAAUUAGUAGCAAUCUGGACUUUGUUACAGCCGAUCUGCAAAAGCUUGACCUAAGCUACUGCCAGAUCCGCAACGUCAACGGUCAAAUGUUUAAGGGCAUGGAAGGUCUCACUAAUCUGAUCCUGAAGGGCAAUCGCAUCAAGAAGAUCAACCAAAUUGCUUUCACUUCGCUGAAGAGCCUCCGCCAGAUCGAUCUGUCCCAAAACAAUCUGGAACAAAUCUCGUCCCUCACCUUCAUCGGCAACAAGGACCUAGAUAUCAUCAAACUGAACGACAAUCCUCGUCUGAAGCAGCUGCCGGCCGAAGGAUUCCAAAGCUCGUACGGAACGUUCAAUGCGUAUUUCCUGGAUGUGUCCAACUGUGACAUCUCGGAACUGGCAGACAAUACCUUCAAGACGAUGCCACAGCUAACUCGACUGAACUUGGCCUGGAACAACCUGCAAACCGUUGGACCGGCCGUACUGAGCCCGCUGGAUAAACUGAUGGAGCUGGACCUGAGCAACAAUCUGAUUACCGAGCUGAGCGACGAGACCUUCCUGCAGAACAGGAACUUGAACAAGCUCAACCUCUCCGGAAACCAGAUUUCACGUCUAUCAGCCAAACUGUUCCUGCCGUUGCAAUAUCUGAACCACCUGGAUGUUAGUGACUGCGACUUGCGCACUGUCUGGGAGACGUCCGACGAAAAAGCCAAGAAUGCCAAGGUUCUUCCCAACCUGAAGCUGCUGAAUGCUUCGUUCAACGAAAUCUCCACCGUGUACGUUUCCGAUCUGGAAUCGUUGACCAGCCUGCGUGUCCUGGACAUCAAGAACAACUCGCUCAAGUGUGACUCGUCGUUCAAAUCCCUGAUCAAGUGGCUCGGAGUCAAGAAGGUAUCGCUGGGAGAUGCCAGCAAGGAACAACGAACUCACGCCGAGCUGAACGCCUACAUCACGGACAAUUCGGCACCUCUGCUUGAAUGGAGCCAAUUUGCUCAGGAGAUCUGCCAAACUGGCAAGAACAACGCGGAUUCACCCUUGGUCAUCAAGGACACUGAGCUGAAUGAAGACGACGAUGAUGUUGAAGAAGAUGAAAGUGAAGACGAUGAUGAUUACUCUGAUGAGCAGAACAUUGAAAAGAACGAUGAUGUAGUAGACAGUCGAGACAAUGCAAACGAGCUGUACGACGAAGAUGACCUCGAUGAUGAUGAGGAAGACGAAAUCAUCGAAGUCGCCAACGGAGUGCAGACUAUCGGACAAACCAUCUUGACCGGUACUGGAAAGGAUGAUCCUUUGGAAGAGGAAGUUGUCAUUCUGGACAGAAACACCAUGCUGCAGAUCAGUGCUCUUUGGAUGCCAAUCCUCCUUAUCGCUCUGGGCGUUGUAGUGAUUUGCAUGGCCAUCAGCAAGAUCUUGGCCUUUAUGAUGAGGAAACGAGGUGAACGCUAUCGACAGGCGCUCUUGGCUUCCAAGAACUCGAUCGUCUACCAGAAACUAACUGAGGACAUCGUGGCGCCCAAAACACCCAAGGUGCAUCGAUAUGCUCCAAUCCAGCAAGUCUAAUUGAAAGAUUUCGCCCUCCUUCGUAGUGAAACUUAACAUCCAACAGCACUUAAGCUUCCAAGCGGUAACUCCCCUGGGUGGGACUGCCUUCUUCCAAAAGCUGCUAGAAAAGAUUUCCAGUCCUUCCAAACUACAACAGUCAUCUACUUACGAUUUUUUGUAACAAAUUAUACUAGUAGUAAGGUAUCAAAGUACUUAUAGCGAGAAGAAAAGUGAGAAACGUAAGCAGCAGAAAUUGUAUUUAUUAAGUUUUUUUUCUUUUCUUUACAUUUCAUUUAACAUGGAACUGUAGACUUUUAACAGCCACAAUUUCAGAAACACAGAAAUUUUUCGGCGAAUGAUUAGAAAAAUUCUCAAAAAAAACUGUGUGUAUACUUUUGUUGAACAUUCCGUUAUAUACCGAUUAACAGAGAAUAUUUUCCCUGGCCAACUUUCCCUAGUUUCGUCCUGACCUUCGCUCCUCCUUUCGUUCCGAACCACACAUACACACAUCUACAACGAUAGGCAUUGCACCACCACGACUACACAAACCCAGAUAAACACCGAUAACAUCGUCGGUAUGCAGAGCAAACACGAGGUAAACGAUUAUAGUGAUAGUUACAUAGGCAAAAAUUCAUACUUCCACCAUGUGCCAUUAGAAACUACAAUUCAGCGCCAAACACCAAACACAUGUUGAACAAUACAAACCUUACAGCUUUUGAGAUGGUGUGCGUGACUGAAAAAAGGUAUCGAAAACAAAACUAGCAGUCUAAAAUGGCUAAAGUAAACGAAACGUAUUGGUGAGAACCCUGCAUUGGACAGUCUUGUCUGGAAACAAAAACUUCUGUGUAUUAUUUUUUCUCUUUAAAUUAUUGUGGAACCAUUUUACAAACUGAUAACAAUUUGUCGUUUGUUUUGAUAAAAUAAAUCGGUUUUAUCAAACUCAA